CCCUCCUUCCCACUCUGAUGCCCAAUAGUGGUUCUUUGAGUAGUACGUUAGAAAAAUUCUGCUCCUUGGCGGGGCCCCUCCCUCGCUUCUUCCCAGUCUCCUCUUUCGGCUGUGACAAGUGGUGGCCACCAACGUGGGGAGCGGAAGCUGUUCUGCUCCUCUUCGAACGAACUGCGUUGAGGCAGGAGCAGGAGGGAAAGAGCGCGUGCGGCGGCAGUUUAAGCUUGGACCUUCUGCUUCCCACAAGAGAACGGAAGCGGCGGGGAGCCAGACGAACGUAAGGACCACGCGAGGCUGUUGGGUGACGCCGAGUUCUCACCGCCCUUUCUCCUCUCCCCUCAAUCACUGAGGUUUGGGGGAUCGCUACCUCCUUAAGAAGGAGACGCGACUGGUCAGUCAGUCAGUCAUAUCCGGUUUGAACCAGAGUGCGAGGAGGAGCUACCGCCGCCACCGCCAUGGCUGAAACCGAGGAGAGGAGCUUAGAUGACUUUUUCGCGAAACGAGACAAAAAGAAACGGAAAGAGAAAAGCAGCCGAGGAAGUGCCACUGCCGCGCCUUCCUCGGCUGCCUCUUCCAAUGCUACUGCCGCGGGUAUGACUGGGGGAACCCGGCAAGCAGAAGGCGCCCAUGGAGCCGCCUCUAAUGCUAACGCGGCCACCGGCGGUGCUAAGGCAGCAAACAAGGAAGAGGAUGACUGGAAAGAAUUUGAGCAGGAAGAAAUAAUUGACUACAGUGGCCUCAGAGUUCAGUCCAUGCAAAUUAGUGAAAAGGAUGAAGAAGAAAGUGACAGAAAAGAAGAACCAAGGGAUAAUAGUGAGGAACCAGCUGGAAAUGUGGAGAAAUCAUCUGGUCCUUGGAAUAGGUCUGCUCCUACACAAAUACCUGUUGCUGAAAUUAUUGAAAAUCCAGAACCAGUGCAAUCCAGUGGAGUAUAUAGGCCACCUGGUGCAAGAGAAGGCAGGACACGAAAAGUGCCGCAAGGUCCCCCAGAGAUCUAUAGUGAUACACAAUUUCCAUCAUUGCAAUCCACUGCCAAGCAAGUAGAUACUAGAAAGGAUAAAGAAAUGGAGAAGAGCUUUGAAGUAGUAAAACACAAAAAUAGAGGUAGGGAUGAGGUUUCAAAAUCCCAGGCAACUAAACUUCAGCUAGACAACCAAUAUGCUGUGCUUGGGGAUCAGUAAAGCUGCACACAUAUUACAAUUAAGGAAUGGUUGUUUGAUACCCUUCCACUCUUAAGGUAACUAAACUACACCAAUUAUGAACAUGCCGUCUUGUUUCUGCUGGAUCUUCUACAACAAGUGCAGUCUACUUUGACGUAAGUGAUUGCUUUUCUGCACUUUGAAAGUAUACUUAAUUUGGUACACCUUCGUAUUAUGAGGGAAAUUAAUGUAAAUUCUUGAAAAAGAGUUCCCGGUGUUUUGAUUCCUCUGCAGCCAGUGGUUAUUUCAAAUUUUUUUAUGUUCAGAUACUGAGCCUUCGUAAAGGUUGACUACCUCAGACUUGCUGCACUCAUUGUGGAUACCAUGUGGAUCACAACUUCUGGAAAAGAUUACAACUCUUUGGUGGCCAUCUGAAACUCGAAACCAGCUCUACUGGAUUCCUCUAAAGAAAUCCUGCAGGAGUCAGCUAUCUGAGUUGAUAAUAUAAAUGACAAAUUUAAGUGACCUUAAAUGUGCCCCAUUUAUUAUAUCCUUUCACAUGUAGCCAUAAUUUACUAGGAACCUCUAAUGCACAAAGAUUUUUAAAAAAAAGAUGCAGCAUAGUGAGUUUUUCUUUUAAUUUAGUUAUCAGAAAAUAAAUACACAUCCAGACAGAAAAUGUAUGGACACUAGUGUGAAUAUUCUGGUUUCAUCUGUGUAAACUUUUCAUUUGAAAAAUAGCGCGCUCUACUCUUGACAAAUUGCAAUAUAGUCAGGUAAGUUGCAUGGAAUAUGCAACUAUAUAUACUUUACUGGAUCUCAGAGUUAGGUUUUCUUUGGAUAAAUGGUAAAUAAAUGUCUGCUCCUAUAAUAUCUCGGAAUUUUUUUGAGAAGUUCAUUCUGAAUAUAUAGCCUUAGCAAUCUGUUAAGAAGUAUCAGCUAUUGCUCAUGCAUACCAUCAAAUUUGCAGAUGGAGAUACUUAUAUGUAUAGUGAAAAAUGUCCAUUGCUGUACUUUCUUACUGUUCAUUUGGAUACAUUUUGCGAAUAAGAUUUUGCAUUUAAUGCAUUUCCACCCCAGCUGCCCAAACAGUAAUGGCAACUUCAGUUAAAAUUCAGUUUCCUGGCCAGCUAUGUACCCAUUUAUUUGAACAAAUAUUAACAGUAUUUGAAUACUAAUUUGUGCUGUAUUAUGCUGUAUAACAUUAACUGUGAAUAGAAUUCAAACCAACUCCGAAAGAGGUUCUUGCUCCCGAGUUAAUUUUUUUUUAAACUUUGUUCUUCUUCCAAUCUAAAUCAAAUAUGGCCACUCCUAAUAUGUCUUUCCAAAUGCCUGGCUGUUUUUUGGACUGUCAAGCCAGGAUUUAGACAAAUGUAUUACUUGCGAGGUAGCUAUGUACUUAUAAAAAAUGGCAUUGUAAUUAAGGAGUGUUUAGGAUAUGAAAUCAUUGCUUUAAAUGAAGAACAGACUGCUUAGAAUAAUAAUUUAUUCCUAUUAAGAAUUGUGAGAAAUAUUCUUCUAAGUAGUUGUGUUUUAUACAGAUGCAGAACCAGUCCUCUACAUGCUUAGAUCACUGGAAGUAAAACAGCUGACACCGUUGAGUUGUGUAUCUUUCCUGAAAGUUGUCUAUUUGCCAACAAAGCCGUUGCAGGGUAUUAAAGCUGCAGAACUAAGAUUAUGUGAAACUUACAAUUUUAAAUUCCAGCUUUGACAUUUAAUUAAAAUUGUUACACAUGAAUCAAGUUUUAAUAUUCUGUAUGAUAGGGUAGAUGAAGCUGUCCUUGUAUAUUCACUUGAGUUCUUGGGCAUAGUUGGCAUAGAAGAUUAAUAUUGUAACAUUAAUAAAUAUAGAAAUGUUCAUGACCUCUGGAGUCGAAUGAAAAUAUUUAAUCAU